CUCCUCCUCCUCCUCCUCCUCCUUCCUCCUUCAGCCGUGGUCCGAGUCGCAAUGCAUCAAGCCCUGCUUAUCCCGGAGCUCUUUCGCCUUAUACUCAUCAAGAUUCGCAGCAAACAAUCACUCCUAACACUAGCACUUGCAUGCCGUGCACUCCACGAGCACGCCUUAGAUACCCUAUGGACCUGUCCGGAGGACCUCAGUGACCUCGUGAAACUUCUACCAAGUGAUCUAUGGAGGUACUCGGGGAUUGGCCCAGGCAGAAUAAUGGAACUUAAGUCACCGACGAGGCCCACAGGGCCACAGGACUGGGAACGCUUCGACUUUUACGCGCGGCGGGUCCGGAAGCUCGAGUUCUCUCCAGAGUUCUCUCUUGCUCUGUCGAACGACCUCUUUCACUGGCUGACCUCGUCGCGGCCUUCGCAAUUAUUGCUUCCUAAUCUCUCAGACAUCUGCUGGGUGGCCAGCGACUCUUCCGAGUACCACGACUCUCUGUACGUGCUCUUCGGUCCACGGCUUAUUGCGCUCCGCCUCGAAGUCUGGGAAGCUGAAUCAGCGGCCUCCCAGACCGCGCCUUUCGCGUUGCUCCAGCUUCCACAGUGUUCACCAGACAUCGAGACGCUGCGCUUCCUUGGGCCACACGACUGUGAAGCUCUCCCGGCCGGGGUCUUGGCGUCGCUCAAGAAGCUAAGAGCAGUGAACCUAUGCUUGCCUUUGACGCUUGACGCCUUUGCUGAACUGUCGACCUUACGGGCUCUCUCACAACUGGAAAUCAACCUCUCAUUCUUUGAUGACAAAGUGCUCAUUGCUAGCCAGGCUGUAGGACUGCGCACUGCUCAAACACUCGCUUUUGACGCUCUCAAGAAACUAGUCCUCAUCAUGCCCAUGACUGCUGCCAGUGCAAUCCUCUCCCGCUGCCGGUUUCCUCAGCUCGGGCAGAUAGUCCUGCGAACGCGGUCCGCGUCCAACGUUGAACCCCUUCACAGUGUAUUGCAGCUCAUCUGCCAAUGCUGCAACCAUGCCGUGCUACAUGACAUCCAUAUAGAUAUUGGCAAAAGCGCAAAUCCCGACGAGCACGUAAUUUAUACUUUGACCGCAGCGUCUCUGAGGCCCCUAUGCCACUUCCACCAUCUCCGCACCUUCAAACUAGUCACCGCUCAGGUGUUCAUCGUCCUCGACGACGAGGCCGUCAAGGAGAUGUCCAUGUCGUGGCCGCUGCUCGAAUGUCUACAACUGAUGACUGCGGUCGAAGACCCCUGGGCCACCCCGACCCAGACGGCGACGACGCUGGACGGCCUCGCACAUCUCGCUCGCUACUGCCCCUCGCUACAGGAGUUGGCGAUCGACGUGGACACGGCUGGGGCCACUGUGUCUGCUCGCGUCAAGCCUGGUGGUGGUUUCUGCAAUUACGCGUUGCGACGGAUUACAAUACCCCGAUUCCCCAUGCUCAGCGACUGCGCGGAAAUAGGCGCUUUUUUACACGCGAUCUUCCCCAACCUGCGACAGAUUGCUGUUCCUCCUGGUUUUGAGAAUUCUCCUUGGAAAGCGGUGGAGGUGGUGCUUAGAGGUAUAUGGAUCGUGUCUCAGUGGGAAAAGAGUACUGGAUUGCGGGCGUGACGUCGAUGGUUACGAUUCUGAAGUGAUGUACUAGUCGCAGCCUGUCAUGCGGUGUUAGACGAAGGGGUCGACCAACUUCCUCAGUACACCCUCCAUUGAGAUGUUUGCCUGUUUUACCUGUACAUGACACUGGAUGAAGUGUCUUCGCUGGUGUCAACCAAGCUCGGUCGUAGCUACUAUCCGCGUGGUUCGAAGCGAAGCCACGGACUCGCCGAACGGCUGGAGACUGCGAGCAGAGCGCCAUCAUUCUGCACACAAACUUGCUCGCUGACGUUUGCGUGUCGUGCGAGCAUCAUAAUAAUAUACAGUGACCCUCGUAUACACUCGAGCCACACUGCCAGUGGUCGCCGGGCUGAAGUGCAGCCAAAAUAUUCUACGUAGGAUGGUGCGCACUGCGCGUUGAACUAC